AUGACCACACUUUCGAAGGCUGAAUACCUACAAAGGUUGCGUAUUGUGGAAGAUGAUGCUUUUAUAGCAGUUUCUGCAAAUUACAAGGAUUACGACACAGAUGAGGAAAAGGAGGAUAUAGAAAUCAUUGAAAGCAUAACGAGACAGGUAGAGGCGAAGGCUAGAGAAGCGCCAAAGUUGCGUAUUGUGGAAGAUGAUGCUUUUAUAGCAGUUUCUGCAAAUUACAAGGAUUACGACACAGAUGAGGAAAAGGAGGAUAUAGAAAUCAUUGAAAGCAUAACGAGACAGGUAGAGGCGAAGGCUAGAGAAGCGCCAAAGUUCAGAAGCUCUUUCCAACCACUUGACGAGGUCAAACAAGAACCUGGAUCACCAUCAGUUGCAGAAAGUCGAACUAAAGGACCUGAAUCUAGCAGUUCCUCAAGACAGAAUGGUGAACCUGAAGCGCGUUCAUCAAAAAGACGGCACGAUUCUGACCGGUCAAAAUCUCCCCAGCGUGGUAGGUCUCUAUUUCCUUUUGGAAUGGGACCUGGUUCACAUUUUGUACUUCUAGACAAGUCAUCGAGAGUAGAACGACGCCAUGCAGACAGGUCGCCUUCCAGGAAACGUGAUGAUUCUCAAGCACAUUCCAAGAGGCGCCGACAUGACUCCGAUCAGUCACCACCAAGACAAACUGAAAGAUCAUCGCGAAGAGGGCGAGACUCUAGCUCCGACGUUUCACCUCCUCGUAAGCAAAGAACUUCUGGGAAGAACGUCUCGGUGAAGGUGGAAGUGGACUCAGAUCAAUCUCCCCCAAGGAAAGGUAUAGCUGGAUUGCAAUCAGCGGCCGAUCUUAAAAAAGAAGCAGAAAAGCUCCGUGAACGUGAAGCAAAGAUGUUCGAGGAAAUGGAUGCUUCGAUAAGUGGCCGAAAUGCAGAAACUACCGUGCGGCAAAAACAAGUGCGAAAAGGACGUGAGAAACCAGAAGACAAAGAGAGAAAGGAGCGUGAAGCUAAAAAACAAGCGGAACUUCAAGCAAAGUACGAGCUGUGGAACAAAGGAGUGGCUCAGGCAGAGCGGCGAGCAGAACAACUGGACGAGAUGGCUCGUGUAGCAGCUGAGCCAUUAGCGAGAAUGGCUGAUGAUGUUGAAAUGAACCGGCAUCUGAAAGAAGAGAUUCACGAGGAGGACCCAAUGGCAGUGAUGUUGAAGAGCAAGAAACGAAAGCAAGCGCUCAAUCGUGGAGAUCUGGUGUAUCCGACGUAUCAAGGCGAGUGUCCGCCAAAUCGCUUUGGAAUACGGCCCGGCUAUCGUUGGGACGGAGUGGACCGGUCGAACGGUUUCGAGGCGCGACUAGCACAAGCGAAGAAUAGAAAGAAUGCUCAAGAAAGAGAAUACUAUCAAAAUCUCCAGACGUAUGAGUAG